AUGAGUGGUUUCAUUUCGUCACUGCUGAUCCAACUUGGAAUGCGACCCGCCCAUCUGCCACCCCCACCGACUAGCCAGCCACAUGACGCCCAAACUGAAUCUCAGUUGAACGAACCGACAAAGGCAUUGAAAAGUGGUAACAAAGACAAGGCCAAUUUUGUUUCUCAACCGGGCCAAGAUCACGGACAGAAAUCUAAUUGCGGAGAUGCGGGUGCGGGGUCCCUGCAUAGCUCUCUCUUCUUCACUACCCUACCUAAAGAGAUGGAUGGACAGAACCUGCAACUGGAGGGCACUCGAUCAGUGACCCAUAACACACCCGAACCCAUACAAAACAUAGCUACAACGACAGGCGGAUUAUUCGGUCCUUUGCCUGAAACCGAUCCCACUGCACCUUUGAACAACUCGACGAGUUCGAGGAAUCCACAAGCUUCGUACUCCACUGAGGCAGCCGACUCACAUAAUGGACCACAGACUGCAGCUUCUGUGGUAGCUGUUGAUGAAACGCCACGAGCCUUGAAUAAUGUUUUGGACAUUGAUGUACCGGCGCAGUCUCCGCUUCCGGCAGAUGAUGGGAUGGGAGUGCUCAGAAGCAAAAUCAUUGCGAUAAGGGAGUUGCGUCUCACUAAUGUUGAAAAAGCGCGAAUGGUCCAUGAUUUGAUGACAGAAGGUUACAACAUAUCCCGUGAGCUUCCAAAUACCCCUGGAGCGAUGGUGAUCUCUACCCCUUCCAGCCCACGGAGUUCGGGGUCUCCAACGAGCCCAAGGACUCCUCGAGCCUCGGGGAUCAAUAUUUCUGGACCAGGUUCUCCUAAACCGGAACUGACUCCGCUAUAUGAGAAAACAUUCAAUCUCACCCUUGAAGAUCUGCAGCCCACUUUUGUUCCAAAGGUAGAAACAGAAUUGCCAGACACUGAAACCUGCGAUGAAGAAUUGGACACGGAGGAACAAGAAGAGGCCACUUUGGGCUGUGUGCAUUAUCAUCGCAAUGUGAAACUCGAGUGCCACGCUUGCAAAAAAUGGUACACCUGCCGCUUCUGCCAUGAUGAGGCUGAAGACCAUUCUCUCAUUCGCCGAGACACUGAGCAUAUGCUUUGUAUGUUGUGUGGACAUGGCCAACCCGCAGCGCAGAACUGUAGACAGUGUGGCGAGCAAACAGCACAGUAUUAUUGUGAUAUCUGCAAGCUUUGGGAUAAUGAUAGCAAGAAGAGCAUCUACCAUUGCAACGACUGUGGUAUCUGUCGAAUUGGACAGGGGCUGGGGAAAGAUUUCUUCCAUUGUCAGACGUGCUCUGUCUGUCUUCCUAUGUGCAUCGAGACUACCCAUCGUUGCAUUGAACGGUCUACCCAAUGUGACUGUCCCAUUUGCGGAGACUACAUGUUCACUUCUCCAGAAACCGUUGUCGUCAUGCGAUGUGGCCACAGCAUACACCACAAGUGUCUAUCAGAGUACUCCAAAAGCUCUUUUCGUUGUCCCAUUUGUAGCAAGACCAUUACUAAUAUGGAGUCGACGUUUCGAAAUCUUGAUCGUACAAUUGAAAGUCAGCCUAUGCCGGAGGAGUUUAAGGACACUAAAGGCCUGGUUUACUGCAACGAUUGCGGUUCAAAGUCGGUGGUUAAAUAUCAUUGGCUAGGCUUGAGAUGUGAUUUGUGCGAAUCGUACAAUACGGCCCAACUUCGCAUUUUGCAUGGAAGCAUGUUGCCCCAAGCUAACGAAGAUUCCGAAGAAGAUCUCCUUCCUCGGCCUCGAUCAUCUUCUCUGAUUGGCAACGAUGACUCCAUGCCGUCCUCACUGGCAACACUGAGCAUAAAUAACACCUCAGUGCCCCGCUCACGGUUGAGUGUCCCAGUCUCUUCUGGGACCGAAAGACGGUUUUCGUCUUAUAACAUUACUCGAGGCCGUGCUGUCUCGCCCGUAGUCAGCAACUACUUCGGAUUGCCAACUGAUCGUGAAACUGAGAAAUCUUCACCGAUACCCUUCUUCGGAGGCUCAUCUCGGGGAGAAAAUGAGGACUACGGUGCUCUGAAUUUUCUGAGCAAGAAGCUCGCAUACCGAUAUGGACUAUUUGGCAGUGAGACUAAAUCCAAUGAAAAAUUAUCGGAAUCUGGCAAUGAAGAAGACGAUGGGGAGUCUUCUGACUCGGCUGAAUCAGAUCAUGGCAAUGAGGGGGAAGAUGAGGAUGAAGACGAAGAGGAAGAUCGAAAUCAAAAUCACAUUGAAAUUUUCGGCCAUCAAUGA